GCCUGUUCCUGUAAACACAAAGGAAAGGAAAUCCUUUAAGUAGCCUAUUACAAAAAGUAUUUCUUUGUCUCUCCAAAAUGAAAUACUAUCAAACUAAUGAGGUCUAUGGUGUAUAGAGAGGCCUUUAUCAGACAGUGGUAACGGAAUUUAUACUUGCUCACCUUGUCCCGAAAUUAAUUCCAGUCUGUGUGGAAUCAAUUCCAAAGCUUUGCAAUCGACUCUCGAGUCCCCAAGACUGGAACCAUAAGAACCGGGGACUCGACUCUUUUAGGAAUCGACUCUUUAUGUCAUUUUUUUUUUUUUUUUUAAAUGCCAGUCACAUUAGAAACAAUGAAAACUCCCAGACCUUUCAGAUCGGUGAAACCGGAAGAUCACAGUUCACGAUGGAGAACGGGCUGGAGCAGGCCAGUGACAAGAACACAGACCUGGAUGACAUUCUGAGUCAGAUAGCAGAACUGGACAAAUGGAGGGAAAUAUUUGACGCUCGGGGGUUGGAACUACAAGACUGUUUUGAAAAAAGACCUCUUGAGAGGCUUAAACCUGAGGAAGAAAUCGAGGAUGUUUCUCGGUGUCCUUCAGCCCAUUCGUUUCACAGCAAUGCCAACCCGCUGAUGGUGCCCUACUCCAUCCCUCGUGCACUAGCUGUCUCUCCCAGUCUGGGUGGACAACCAGUUUUACCUGAACUUGCCAUGAGUCUGAGGAAGAUUUUGUUUGGAAACACAUUACACAUCUUUAAUUAUGAGUGGAAGAAAUCCUUCUUUAAGUUCCGGGAGCCAUAUUCAAACCUAUCCUAUGCUUUGGAGGCAGAAAGAGGUGGAGCCCGUUCCAUUCAGAUAGCAGUCCAGGCGCACAUUAUCAAAUACCUGCUUUUCUCACAGCCAUUAAGCACAGAGUGCUGUGGAAUAGAGAGUCUGUUGGAGGUUGGGGAGAAAGAGCAGGAGAGGGCUUUGGCUGCUGCUUUGGCUGAUAUUUUAUGGACAGCUGGUGAGGAGCGUACUGCCACCGUCUCCUUGGUUACGCCAGAUCGCUGCUUCACCCCCCACCUGGACUACAAACUGGACAAUUUCACAGAGCGGUUGCAGAUAUUCACCUUUAAAAAGAAAGAAGAAGUGACAAAAUUUAUAUAUGAACAUAUUCAGUGUUUCAAUGAGGAGGGAAGCCAUGGAGUCAUUCUCUUUCUGUAUAGCUUGAUCUUCUCAAGGUCGAUUAUUAGGUUGCAAGAAGACCUGGAUUUCAGCAUGACUCAUCUCUUACAAUUUGGCUUGGGCAACUUUGUUUGUCGCCAGGCUCUUUUGAACCUGUUGUUGACCGGCCGUGCCAGUCCUAACGUCUUUAACGGGAAGUCAUCAUGUGAUGAGCAUGGCAACACACUUGACCAACCUCUCCAUGGAAUUCUGAGUCGGAGCAAUGUGGGAUACCUACACUGGAGCCGAGAACAAGCGGAACAUGCCAGUCUGCCUGCUGUGGGAAGCAUGUUGAAGACACCCAAACUGCCUGUUUGGGUUUGCAAUAUCAAUGGCACCUACAGCGUUUUAUUUAGUCCAAACCGAUCUCUGCUGUCUGACUGGAAGAUGGAGCAUCUGUUCCACCUCUACUUCUACAAUGGCCAACCAACCCAAGUCAAUACUGCAAUGCUCACCGUAGACACACAUUCUCAUCACUGGGAGGCUAAAAGCAGAGACGGUCAAGGAGACCCUGAGAAGAGGUUCCCCUCUGUGGAGAUGACCAUCAGGACUAAAUGGGAAGGAGCAGCAAUUGACUGGAAUGGGACAGUACCUUUCUUCUGAGAAGGUUUAGAUAGCUAUUUACCUCAAUUUAGGAGUCUUUUUUUUUUAAUCAAUACAAUAUGCAUUUAUGUGCUAUGACAGGCACAUUAAAG